UUUUCGUUUUAAUAAAGGCUUUAAAGCAUAGCAUUUUUAUGGGUUUCAUUCUGACACUUUCAUUCUUGCAAUAGAUGUAGGGCUAAUUUAUGCAGAGAAUGUCCAUCGUGCGCAGAGUCGCGUGCAUCGUACAAUAUUUGUUUAUGACGCCCAAACUUAAAGAGUUUAUAAAAGGCGACAGGAUUUGAAUUUGUACAUUGCUGUGUGUUACAGUUAUAAUAGAAAACUGCUUUACAGAAUAUAUACCACAUAUUACAAUAUUGCCAGUCAGCUUUUAAACAAGUUUCCCACUUGGGUUCUUGGCUUCUUGCAUACCUGUUUGUUGACUAAGCAGCAAGUGGGUGGUGUUUGAAUAUCUCAGCGAAAUGGCCAAGAAAUCGCAAACGAACGUGCGUAAAGGGCCCGGAACUCUAGGCACAGCGUAUCUUUUCGCAUAUAACGUUGUCCAGUUCUUGGGAUGGUCGUAUAUUCUCUUCCUUACCAUAAGACACCAUUUGCAGCCCUCGAAAAGUGUUAUAUUGUGGGAAGUUGUUAAAUUUCCUAUAUGCAUCUUCCAGAAUGCAGCUGCCCUAGAGAUACUUCAUGCAGCCUUGAAGCUUGUACCAUCCAGUGUAGUGGUAACAACAUUCCAAGUCUUUUCACGAGUAUUUGCAGUUUGUGGUGUUCUUCUUGCAACUCCUACAGCACCACUUAGUAUUGGUGUAUCCCUUGCUAUGUUGGCUUGGUCUAUAUCAGAAAUAACUCGUUACCUAUAUUAUGCACUGAACAUUGCAGGAUUUGUGCCAUACGCUUUGAUAUGGUGCAGGUAUACUUUUUUCAUGGUUUUAUAUCCAAUUGGUAUAACAGGAGAACUGCUGUGCAUGUAUGCUGCCCAAACAUACAUUUCAAAGACCAACAUGUGGAGUAUCAGUUUACCAAAUCCAUUUAAUUUCACAUUUAGUUACAGCUAUUUUGUCAUUAUUAUUAUGCUGCUUUACAUACCAAUAUUCCCACAAUUGUUCCUGCAUAUGGUUUCUCAAAGAAGGAAGUUUUUAGGAAGUCCUUCCACCAAGAAGGAAAAAUAAAUAAAGGGAGAGGAAAGGGUGUUUGAAUAAGACAAUAAUUGUGUUGAAGGCAAUGAUUUGUGAGAGAAUCUUGUUUUAUACAUAUUUUAUAUUGAUGUUCUAAAAAUAAAAACUGUUGUAAAACUAUAA